GCCGCACACUGGGUCGACAUUUUCAUCGUGCUGUCCACUACAACCCCAAGCAGGUGACCGGCAGAAUGAGAAUUAUAGAAAACCACAGAUGGUGCCACUGGUAAUAGCCAAGACUGAGAGUCAAAAAGAGAUAUUUGGAAAUCACAGGGGACCAAAAUCAUCUGAAAGAAAGCAGCCAAAGAAUGGGAGCAAGAAAUCCUCUACUUGUCAUAGUUUUCAUCAAAGAACACACACCGGAGAAAAACCAUUUAAAUGCAUGGAAUUUGGAAAGAGCUUCAGUGUAAAAACUAGCCUUACUUCACAUCACAGAACCCACACAGGGGAGAAACCAUUUAAAUGCAGGGAAUGUGGAAAAAGCUUUACUCGGAACGAUCAUCUUACUUCACAUAAAAGAACCCACACAGGAGAGAAACCUUUUAAAUGCAGAGAGUGUGAAAAGAGCUUCAGUCUAAGCAGUAGCCUUAAAUUACAUCACCGAAAACACACAGGGGAGAAACCAUUUAAAUGCAUGGUGUGUGGAAAGAGCUUCAGUCAGAGCAGUGACCUUACUUUGCAUCAAAGAACCCACACAGGGGAGAAGCCAUUUAAAUGCAAAGAGUGUGGAAAGAGCUUCAGUCAGAGUGGUAACCUUACAUUACAUGAAAGAACACACACAGGGGAGAAACCAUUUAAAUGCAUGGAGUGUGGACAGGGCUUUAGUCAGAGAAGUAAGCUUACUUCACAUCAAAGAACCCACCCAGGGGAGAAGCCAUUUAAAUGUAAGGAGUGUGGAAAGAACUUCAGUCAUGGCGGUCACCUUACAUCGCAUCAAAGAACCCAUACAGGGGAGAAGCCAUUUAAAUGCAGUGAGUGUGGAAAGAGCUUCAGUGUAAGCAGUAGCCUUACUUCGCAUCACAGAACCCACACAGUGGAGAAACCAUUUAAAUGCAGGGAAUGUGGAAAAAGCUUUACUCAGAACAAUCAUCUUACUUCACAUCAAAGAACCCACACAGGAGAGAAACCUUUUAAAUGUAUGGAGUGUGGAAAGAGCUUCAGUGUAAGCAAUAAACUUAUUUUACAUCAGAGAACUCACACAGGGGAGAAGCCAUUUAAAUGCAAGCAGUGUGGAAAGAGCUUUAGACACAAGCGGUACCUUACAGUACAUGAAAGAACCCACACUGGAGAAAAACCAUUUAAAUGCAGUGAGUGCGGAAAGAGCUUCAGUGUAAGCAGUAGCCUGAAAUUACAUCACCGAACACACACAGGGGAGAAACCAUUUAAAUGUAUGGAGUGUGGAAAGAGCUUCAGUGUAAAAUCUGUCCGGAAUUUUCAUCAAAGAACACACACUGGAGAAAAACCAUUUAAAUGCAUGGAAUGUGGAAAGAGCUUCAGUGUAAAAAAUAGCCUUACUUCACAUCACAGAACCCACACAGGGGAGAAACCAUUUAAAUGCAGGGAAUGUGGAAAAAGCUUUACUCAGAACGAUCAUCUUACUUCACAUAAAAGAACCCACACAGGAGAGAAACCUUUUAAAUGCAUGGAGUGUGGAAAGAGCUUCAGUGUAAGCAGUAGCCUUAAAUUACAUCACCGAACCCACACAGGGGAGAAACCAUUUAAAUGCAUGGUGUGUGGAAAGAGCUUUAAUCAGAGCAGUAAUCUUACUUCACAUCAAAGAACCCACACAGGGGAGAAGCCAUUUAAAUGCAAGGAGUGUGGAAAGAGCUUCCCUCAGAAUGGUCAACUUACAUUACAUGAAAGAACCCACACAGGGGAGAAACCAUUUAAAUGCAAGCAGUGUGGAAAGAGCUUUAGCCACAAGUGGUACCAUACAUUGCAUGAAAGAACACACACAGGGGAGAAACCAUUUAAAUGCAGGGAGUGUGGAAAGAGCUUCAGUGUAAAAAACAGCCUUACUUUACAUCACAGAACGCACACAGGGGAGCAACCAUUUAAAUGCAGGCAAUGUGGAAAGAGCUUCAGUGGAAAUGGUAACCUUAAAUUACACCACAGAACCCACACAGCGGAGAAGCCAUUUAAAUGCAAGGAGUGUGGAAAGAGCUUCUCUCGGAAUGAUCAACUUUCAUUACAUGAAAGAACCCAUACAGGGGAGAAACCAUUUAAAUGCAUGGAGUGUGGAAAGAGCUUCAGUGAAAGCAGUAACCUUAAAUUACAUCACAGAACCCACACAGGGGAGAAGCCAUUUAAAUGCAAGCAGUGUGGAAAGAGCUUUAGACACAAGUGGUACCUUACAGUACAUGAAAGAACCCACACUGGAGAAAAACCAUUUAAAUGCAGGGAAUGUGGAAAGAGCUUCAGUCAGAGCAGUAAACUUACUUUACAUCACAGAACACACACAGGGGAGAAACCAUUUAAAUGCAGAGAGUGUGGAAAGUACUUCAGUCAGAGCACUAGCCUUACUUUACAUGAAAAAACCCACACAGGCGAGAAACCAUUUAAAUGCAGGGAGUGUGGAAAGAGAAUCAGUCAGAGCAGUAGGCUUACUUUACAUGAAAGAACCCACACAGGCGAGAAACCAUUUAAAUGCAGGGAAUGUGGAAAGAGCUUCAGUGUAAACAGUAGCCUUACUUUACAUCACAGAACCCACACAGGGGAGAAACAAUUUAAAUGCAGUGAGUGUGGAAAGAGCUUCAGUCAGAGCAGUGACCUUACUUCGCAUCAAAGAACCCACACAGGGGAGAAGUCAUUUAAAUGCAAAGAGUGUGGAAAGAGCUUCAGUCAGAGUGGUAACCUUACAUUACAUGAAAGAACACACACAGGGGAGAAACCAUUUAAAUGCAGUGAGUGCGGAAAGAGCUUCAGUGUAAACAGUAGCCUGAAAUUACAUCACCGAACACACACAGGGGAGAAACCAUUUAAAUGCAUGGAGUGUGGACAGGGCUUUAGUCAGAGAAGUAAGCUUACUUCACAUCAAAGAACCCACACAGGGGAGAAGCCAUUUAAAUGUAAGGAGUGUGGAAAGAACUUCAGUCAGAGCGGUCACCUUACUUCACAUCAAAGAACCCAUACAGGGGAGAAACCAUUUAAAUGCAGGGAGUGUGGAAAGAGCUUCAGUCAGAGCAGUCACCGUACUUUGCAUCAAAGAACCCAUACAGGGGAGAAACCGUUUAAAUGCAGAGAGUGUGGAAAAAGCUUCAGUGUAAGCAGUAGCCUUGUUUUACAUCACAGAACCCACACGGGAGAAACCAUUUAAAUGUAGUGAGUGGAAAGAGGUUCAGUCAGAGCACACUUACUUCGUAUGAAAAAACACUGUGGAGUAACUUUUUUAAUGCAUGGAGUAUGGAAAGAGAUUCAAUGAAAGCAGUAGGCUUACAUCACAGGGGAUACGCAGGAGAAACAAUUGAAAUGUAGGGAGUAUGGAAAGAACUUCAAUGGGAGCUUUAUUCUUCAUCUUGCAGGCUACAUAGAUUAAAGCCCUAUACAGGUUGGGGCCAGGAUGCUUAAAAAAUUAUCUCACCUGUUAUAUAUGCAGCCCAUCACUGAAGUCUGCAGAAGAUGGCCUCUUACGCAUACCAUCUCAUUGGGAAGUCCACUCUGCAUGAUAGAGAAACCUGGCCUU